AUGGGGAAGGACAAGAAGAACCCCCCAGGAGGGCUGGACAAGACGCCCAUGCCCCCCAGUGUCGGGGAGACGUACACGCUGAAAGUGACGUUCCACGGGGCGACGAACCUGCCUCCCGCGGACUGGGGCGACAGCGCGGACCCCUUCAUCCUCGCGCAAAUCAACACCCCCCUGCACACGCGAAACAAGCACGACCCGCACGUCCGCUUCCGAUCCGCGACGAGCUACAAGACGCUCGAUCCGCGCUGGGAGGCCGUCUGGGUCGUGGCCGGUAUCCCCACCCCUGGGGCGGAAUUCAAGAUCAGAGUCUACGACGAGGACAGCGGGAGCCACGACGACGAGCUGGGCAAGGUGCACGUGCACACUGGCCGGCUGUCAGCGGACUACGUCGGUCUGGACCGGCAGACCUUUGACCUGUCCUCGCGCGGCGCUUCCGUGAAGGCCUGGGGCCGGAAGGCGUGUAUGAAGCCCUUCAGCUCUGAUGCGCGGAAGGACGAGACGAUCACGAUCAGCAUCGAGAACCUGGGCCGCACGAACCCAGAGGUCGGCAAGGUGUACACCGCCAACAGCUUUUACUGGGUGCACUUCUCCGCCAUCCUGGGCCAUAUCACGGAUACCGUCGCGCCCGACCCCGAUGCGGGCGGCACAGAGGACCCCGACUUCCAGGCUAACGAGCUGCAACUCGCCGGUCCGGCGCCCAACGCGCUGUAUCACCGCUACGUCGAGUUCCUGCCCUUUGUCAAGACCAUGUUCCAGGCCAAGCAUCUGAGGGGUAAGCUCAUGCACGAGCUGCUGCACCGCGAGCACGAGAAGGUGUACCACUUCGACCCGAAGACGCGCUACGGCACGCUGCGGAACGGACACGAGCGCGCGCGCCGCUUCCUCGACAUGGCACACUGGGGCGAGGGCGACCGCGUGUUCACCUACGUCGUGACGCUGGACGGACUCAUGCGGUUCACAGAGACGGGGCCCGAGUUCGGCAUCGACAUGCUGUCGAAGCACACGAUGCACAGCGACGUGGACGAGUGGAUCUGCGUCUCGGGCGAGUUCUUCAUUCGCAAGUACAAGCCCGGCGACCCCGAUGGGGACAUGGUCAAGGGCGUCACGUCGUCCGUCGGCGACGACAAGGCGCAGGGCAUCAAGCCCGCUGUCGAGAAGGAUAUCCAGCAGCUGAAGAUUAAUACGCAGUACGAUGGCGGCGACUCCGAGGGCGGCAAUGGCGAGGAGGGCGAGCGCAGAGGGCCCAUGGAGGUCAAGAGCCCCUCUGAGGUCGGCAUGCCCAGCCGCUCUGGGCACAAGCGGUCCGACUCGCGCCAGUCGGGCUACUACACCCCGCCAGAGUAUGAUGAGAAGCCCGGCGUCGCGGCCGUCGUCGGCGGACACCGCAAGUCGAACAGUGCCAGUCGUGGCGGGCCCAACGCUGCCGGGCCCGAGUUCGGCGACGAUGGCCAGCCCCGCGCCUCAGACGAAUACAGGGGGCACCAGCGCACGGGCUCCAACUGGGGUGCCGAGAGCCAGCGCACGAUCACGCGCGACGGGCCCAACGGCUCCGCGCUCGGCAACACGGUCAACGACUUCCCGACCCCGCCCAACGUCGACCGGUCCACGACCGCGACCCCGGGCCAUGCGAAUGCGACGGUUGCGACGGGCGCGCAGACGCCUGCCGCAUACAAUGCGCAGCCGGGCAGCGGCGCCCUCGUCGGGCCCAACGUGCCCGCGAGCGCUACGGGGCCGGACGGGCUGCCGACGUCCAACGCCAUCGACGUCUUUGGCGGCGCGCCCAUUGACGGAAACGGCCUGAAGGGACGGCGCGGAUACAUCGCCACGCGCACUGUGGAGACGGAGCUGCCGAACGGACGCCGCAUCGUCGAGACGUCCCGCGUCGAGGUCGUGCACCGCAAGGGCGAGCCGCCCCAGGAACACCGCGAGUUUGAGCGGCACGAAAUCUCGCCCAAACCGAGGGCUCUGCCGCUGCCGCCUGAUGGGAAGCCGGAUGGCCCGCUCUCCCCCUCGAGCAGGAAGAUGAGCCUCCCCUCCGUCCCGGGAUCGCCGGGUACGACUCCGGGCGUCAUGAGCCCGGGCCUCAGCGGGAUGGGCUCGCCCACUCUGUCCGCCGUCGCUGCGCCCAUUGCCAUUCAGAGCGUCACGACGCCCGGCGCGGGCGAAGGCGCGCACAUCGAGGAGAUCAACGACGAGGACGACAAGCCGAACGGCGUCAAGGGCAUUGACAGUGUCCCCGAGGCCCGGCUGAGGGAUCCGAAGCAGAGCGCGCGCGUCAAUCGCCCCCCGUCGCAUGCGAGCGUGCAUGGAUCCAUGCACGAGAGCAUGUACGCUGGCAUCGACAACCGCGCCUCCGGGGCUAGCUUUGAGCAGCGCCCGUCGACGGACAACCGGCGCUCGACGGACCGCAGGCAGUCGACGGACCGGCGCAAGUCGACCGACAAGCCGUCCUCGCCCGUCGCUGCCAUGUCGCCGGUCAAUGGCGGCGAGUCGCGCCCCCGCUCCCUCGCUGGACCGGAGCACCACUACCACCACCCGGGCAGCGAUGGCAGCUCGGUCUCGGAGGACCAGCACCUGCACGACGCACACCUGGACGUGAACGGGCACCCGCAGAGUGCCUUCCGCGAGGACGGCGACAUCCUCCUCGCCCAGCAGCGGAAGAACAAGAACCCCCUCCUCUCCACCAAGCUCGAUAAGCACGCGGCCCGGCACCAGCGCGACAAGCCCAGUACAGCCCCGCAGCUCCCGCCCCAGCAGCAGUCCUCCGUCCGCGUCCCACUCACGACCGAGGCGCUCGAGCACCACAACUCGAUGGGCAAGAAGGGCUCGCCUACCUCGCCGAAGAAGAGCUCGCCAAAGAAGGACAAGAAGUCGCCCACGACGGACGCGGACGCAAUCAAGGCGAGCCUCAUCCCGCAGGCGCCUGCCAAGAAGCGCGAUUCCUCCGGGUACAAAAUCGUCGACAACCCGCGCUACUCGACUUCCCAGGGGCAGCUUGCCUCCGCAGGCAACUCGCCCGAGAAGCCCAAGGGGCCGCAGCACCAGCCCCUCCUCGGCGCCGGUGGCCAGCCCAUAGGCCGCGUGGCCGAGCACCCGCCGCAGGUCGACGUCAUGUCGCUGAACACGACGCCCGAGUUUGUCGAGCGCGACCCGCACGGCAAGACCGUGGGCGUGCUCACUGGUCCCGCGAAGCCGUCUGCGCUCGAGCUGUCCGACAGCGACGACGACGUGCCGCAGGGCGGGUUCCUGGUGUACACGAACGAGCGGGACGGCAAGCCCGUCGAGGCCGACCCGUACGGCGAGAAGGCGCGGAAGCGCGCCGAAGAGGCGCGCAAGCAGGCAGAGGAGGACGAGCGGCAGAGACAGGCGGACGAGAAGGCGGCGCAGGAGGCGGAGAAGGAACGCCAGCGCCAGGCCAAGAUUGACGCGAAGCAGAGCAAGAAGGACCGCAAGGCGCAGGAAAAACAGGAGAAGCAGGAACGCAAGCAGCGCGAGAAGGAGGAGAAGGAGGAGCGCAAGCAGCGCGAGCGCGAGCAGAGGGAGCAGGCCGAUGCGGUGCAAAGGGAGAAGGAGCAGAAACAGCGCCAGGAACAAGAGAAGGCCAAGGCGGCCCAGGCCAUGCGCGAGAAUGCCGAGACGGGCGAGCGCGCGCGCGCCAACUCGAUGGAGAAGGCACCCGUCCCGGGCGUGCAGGGGGUUGGGGUCGGCGGCGGCGUCGGGGCGGGGCACAAGGCCGCACCCCAUGGCAAGACGGAGCCGCACGAGCACCACCGGCACAAGCACGAGCGGCACGACUCGGCGCGCAAGGAGAAGCACGUGCAUCCCGUCGAGACGAACUGGAUCCUCGGCCCCGAGAACGGGGGCUCGACCGAUCCGAGCGACUACCAGCUUAUCAUCGACAAUGACUCGGGCACGUACAGGCCCGACAAGCAGAUCAUGCCGCUCUUCGAGGCGUGGCUGAGGCAGGAGUUCCCGGGGUUGCACGUCAUGGCCAUGAGCUGUGACGACGACCGGCUCCAGAACAUGAAGAAGAAAAGGCAGGAGAAGAAGAAGGAGCGCAACAAGGGCCGCGUGUGGGAGCGCCGCGGCAGCCAUGGCAGCAUGUCGUCUAUCUCUAGUAGUGACGAGGACGACAUCGAGGCCGGCCGCGCCCCAGUUGGCAAGAAGGAGAAGCGCUUCGACUUCCUCGAACAUCCGGGACAGACGCUGCGCGAAAAGGUUAAGCAGCACGGCGACACGCACCGCUAG